AUGACGGCCGCGGCAGCUGCGCCUGCAGCGCCGACAGCAGCAGCUGCAGCAGAAGCAGCAGCAGCAGCAGCAGCAACUGAAGCAGCAGCAACUGAUACUGCUGCUGCAAAUAUAUCGGGAGCUGCUGCAGGGGCCAAAGAAGCAGCAGCAGCUGAUGGCGACGCUAACGAGAGCAGCAGCAGCAGCAGCAGCAGCAACAGCAGCUGCUGCUGCGGCUUCGGAGAUGCCACCACCAGCAGCAGCAGCAGCAGCAGCAGCAGCAGCUUGUGCUGCGGCUUGCUGCAGCGUUGCAGCGAAUACCCGAGAGGGUUUGCGUUGCUGCCGUGUCUUCAGCUGCUGCCGAGUGUAUCGAGUGCAGCAGCAGCAGCAGCAGCAGCAGGAGCAGCAGGAGCAACAGCAGCAGCAGCAGCAGCAGCAGCAGCAGGGGGUCAAAACCCCUCUCUAGGGUUUGCUGAGGUGUAUGUACACCUCGGCGCUGCGCUGCAGUUCUUUCUCUCCUCUGAACCCCACAAACUAGAAACAGAAAUUAAACCCAUAAGGAAGCUGCAACGCAGUGCCUGGGGUAGAACCCUCAUUGCAGCAGCAGCACAUCAGCUGCUGCUGGAGGCAGCAAGAGCGCACAUAUGCACAGCCUACUGCAGCAGCAGCAGCAGCAGCAGCAGCAGCAGCAGCAGCAGCGACAGCAGCAGCAGCAGCACACAGCAGCAGCACACAGCAGCAGCAGCAGCAGCAGCAGCAGCAGCAGAAUUUGGUUUUCCUUCUGCUGCUGAGAUGCAAGACAAAGGCUCAGCACUACUAAAGCUAGCAGCAGAUGGGAGGCCGCGGCUGCUGCAGCAGCUGCUGCAGCAGGAGGCGCAGCUGCAGCAGCAAACUUUCCUGCAGCAGCAGCGGCUGCUGCAGCAGAUGCCCCCAGAGAUGCGGCAAGACGCAGUGGGGAUGCUGGAUGAGAUUCGGCUGCAGCUGCAUGCGCUGCUGCCGCCGCUGCAUGCAUGCACGCAGCGGCAGCAGCAGUUGGAUCCGAAGCAGCAGGAGAAGCUGGUGCUGCAGCAGCAGCAGCAGCUGAAGCUGCAGCAGCAGCUGCAGCAGCAUCAGCAGCAGGAGACAUCUAGCAGCAGCAGCUGCAGCAUAGAGGAGGCCAUCAACCGCAGCAACGACCUCCUGUGCUGCAGCAGCACGACGCAGCAGCAGCUGGAGAUGAGGCGGCUGUGGCGCUGCGCCCUGCUGCUGCGCCUGCAGCAGAUGCAGGCCGAGCAGCAGAGCAGCAGCAGCAACAGCAGCAGCAACAGCAGCAGCGACAGCAGCAGCAGCAGCAACAGCAGCAGCAGCUGGGAGUUACUUCUACGGCUGCCGUUUGCUGAGCUUGUUGCUGCUGUGCUGCAGCAGCCGCACGGAGCGCUGCAGCUGGUGGAGUGUCUGCAGCGGGCAGUGAGCCUGCAGCAGCAGCAGCAGCAGCAGCAGCAGCAAGAGUUGCUGCUGCUGUUUCAGCAGCCGAAAGCGGAGACAAUCGAUAUAGCAGAGUGCAGCAACUGGCUGCAGCUCAUCAACUGUCUCCUUGACUCUAUUAUGGUGCUGCUGCUGCCCCGCAUCAGCAGCAGCAGCAGCAGCAUCAGCAGCAGCAGCAGCAGCAGCAGCAGCAGCAGGGAUCUAACUGACACCCGCGAGCUCCUUCAUUUGCUGCUGCAGCCGUCAGAAGAAUGGCCCUUCGGCAUCAAGCUGCUGCGAGAGGAUGGAUCAGAUUCUCUUGAGCUGCGGGCUGCUGCUGUUUGCUGCUGUGCAUGCGAUGGCGUGGUGGCUGUGCUGCAGCGGCAGCUAGCAGCAGCAGCAGCAGCAGCAGCAGUACCUGCGUUCCCGUAA